CGGGUCCCCCGCAGGGCGCCCGGGCUGAGAGCACGCUGCGCUGGUUCUCUACCGGGGUUGUGUACGCUGCCUUCCUGGGGCUGGGCAUGAGUAUUGCUAUACUGGGACCAACGUUUCAAGAUUUGGCAAUGAAUGUAAACAGAAAUAUCAGCAGUCUUUCUUUAAUUUUUGUGGGCCGGGCGUCUGGAUAUUUGUGUGGCUCUAUGAUUGGUGGUGUUCUUCUUGACUGUAUGAAUCAUUUUAUAGUACUGGGUGUGUCGCUGUUAGGUACCACAGUUGGUCUUUAUCUCAUUCCCUUUUGCAAAACCCCAGUUUUACUGAUUCUCGUGAUGUUCGUCUUCGGCACUGCAAUUGGUGUUCUGGAUACAGGUGCCAACAUCCUUAUCUUGACCUUAUGGGGAGACAAAGGAGCCCCACACAUGCAGGCCUUACACUUCAAUUUUGCCUUAGGUGCAUUUUUGACUCCUAUUCUGGCAAAAGUGGCCCUGGGGACAACAAUGACAGCAUCAGCUGAUAACCACACAGAGCUCGACCUUCACCUUCCAGGCCUCAACCAAUCACUUGAAGCCAACCCAGACCUACUGUUCGCGGCACCUGAUGACUUGAACUUACUGUGGGCUUAUGCUUCAAUUGGUACUUACACUUUUAUAGUUUCUGUCUUCCUGUUUGCUCUGUUUUUCAAGAAAAGUUCAAGGCACAAAAAGUCAACAGCGUCUGCUCAGGGAGCUCGAAGAGCUAAGUAUCACAAAUCUCUACUUUGCCUCCUUUUUAUGUUCUUCUUUUUUUACGUUGGAGCUGAGAUCACCUAUGGCUCUUAUGUUUUCUCAUUUGCAAUCACCCACGUUGGCAUGGAGGAAAGCCAAGCAGCUGGGCUGAACUCUAUCUUCUGGGGGACGUUCGCAGCCUGCAGGGGCCUGGCAAUCUUCUGUGCUAAGUGUUUACAGCCUGGAACCAUGAUUGUGCUGAGCAACAUCGGCAGCCUGGUCUCAUCUUUAUUCCUGGUACUUUUUGACAAGAACUCACUUUGUCUCUGGAUAGCGAGUUCUGUGUAUGGGGCCUCAAUGGCUGCCACAUUUCCCAGUGGUGUUUCUUGGCUGGAGCAGUACACGAGCAUAAGUGGGAAAUCCGCGGCUUUUUUUGUAAUUGGUUCUUCCCUGGGAGAAAUGGCUAUUCCUGCAAUAAUUGGAAUUCUCCAAGGACAAUAUCCAAAAUUGCCAGUAGUUCUGUACACAAGUUUGGGAUCAGCAGUAUUCACUGCUGUAUUAUUUCCUGUGAUGUAUAAGUUAGCCACCUCACCUCUGACUCAUCAACAGAAAGAAAACAGAAGGAGUGAGGACCAGAAAGCUUUGCUAAAUGACUUUGAAGAAGAUCUUGAAGGAGAAGAUGCAGAAAAACAAAAUGAAAUGGAUUUUGAAGUUGUUAAUAUGCAUGUUACAGAGAGGCCUUCUGCCAUUCAUACAGCUAGAAAUAUUUUGAUAGAGCCCAUAUCUGACGAGUCUAACUAGUUUUACUCAAGUGCAACGAUGUUUGAGUGUUCUCUACUUGAUAUUGGUGAUUUUCUUGUGGAAUACUUUGCCAGAGAUUAGGAGAAAACGGACUAGCACUGGAGGAGAUGGAUUAUGUAAUAACUUCCUUGAAUAGCUGCCAUUUCUAAGGAGUCCAUUUGGAGCAGUUUUAGCAGAUAUUCCUUAUGCUUUAUUGGCCCAUGUGUUACAAAUGUUAGAAGUUUUGAAAUACCAGUUGGUCUUAUACAGUAGCAUUUGUUAUAAAACUAGUGUUUGGCACAGGACUGAGUAGGUGGAGCCUUUUUACCAAGAUG